ACAAAAAAAAGGUUAAAAAAGAAAACUCUUCACCUAUUUCAGGAGCCAAACACAAAAAACAUUGAAAUACAUACAAAUAAUAUACAAACACCUAAAAUCGCUUCAUCCCACUUUCUCUCUCUACAAUUCGCAUACAUAUUCUUCAAACUCACCGAAAUUAUAUCCCAAAUCUUGAUUAUUUCCUCCCAUUUGUUCUCCAAUUUCACCCUCACAAUUCAAUAAAAUGCAUUACUGGUCUCCUUCAUUAGACGUUGAUUAUGAAUUUGAAAAGCUUGUUCAUCGUAUGCAUCCACCCAGGGUUACUGUUGAUCAAAUUACAGACAAAAAAUCGACCCUGAUUAAGGUUGAUAGUGCUAACAAACGAGGAAGCUUAUUAGAAGUGGUUCAGGUGUUGACUGAUCUGAAUUUGUUGAUUAAAAGAGCUUAUAUUUCUUCAGAUGGAGGAUGGUUCAUGGAUGUGUUUCAUGUUACGGAUCAAUAUGGCAAUAAACUCUCGGAGGAUAUCGUCACGGAUCACAUUCUGCAGUCGCUUGGACGAAGAGGGUGCAGUUUCCGGUCCCUAAGAGGCUCAGUCGGGGUUCAAUACGCAUCCGAAAACACCACAAUCGAGCUAACGGGCCGUGACCGGCCCGGUUUACUUUCUGAGGUGUUUGCGGUUCUAGCCGACCUCAAAUGCAACGUGGUGGCUGCAGAAAUAUGGACGCACAAUUCACGAAUGGCUUCGAUCGUAUACAUCACCGAUGAAGAAACCGGUCUGCCAAUCAACGAUCCGGACCGACUCGCGAAAAUCAAACAGCUGUUGCUAUACGUUCUAAAAGGCGAUCUUGACAGACGUGGUGCACAGACCGCGGUUUCUGUCGGGUUCACUCACACUCAACGACGGUUGCACCAGUUAAUGUAUGCGGAUCGUGAUUACGAUACGGAUGAGUACGAUACAGUUCCCGAGGGGUCUUCUAGCGGUCGUAAACCGGUAGUGACGGUGGAAAACUGUGUCGAAAGAGGGUACACAGUGGUGAACCUGAGGUGUCCGGAUCGACCGAAGUUACUGUUCGAUACGGUUUGCACGUUAACCGACAUGCAGUACGUCGUUUUUCACUCCACCAUCAUUGCUGAAGGCCCGGAAGCGUUUCAGGAGUUUUAUAUCCGACAUACAGACGGAUGCCCGAUUAGUUCAGAAGCCGAGAGGCAACGAGUAAUUCAUUGUCUAGAAGCAGCUGUCAAAAGACGGGUUUCGGAGGGCCUAAGACUAGAACUAUGUGGUGACGACAGGAUCGGGCUAUUAUCCGAUGUCACUCGAAUAUUCAGAGAAAACGGGCUAUCAGUCACUCGGGCCGAGGUGACAACCCGAGGAUCUACGGCUGUAAACGCUUUCUACGUGAUCGACUCAUCGGGCCAACAAGUUAAAAGCGAAACAAUUGAAGCAGUUAGAAACGCAAUUGGAGAGACCAUAAAAGUGAAGGAAGACGAAACGUUGACCAAGUCAAAGUCACCCGCGCAACAAACGGGCGGGUUUUCGUUGGGUAAUCUUUUCAGGAAUCGGUCCGAAAAGUUUCUGUAUAAUUUGGGUUUGAUUAGAUCUUGUUCAGAAGUGGCUUAAAAUUAGGUUUAGAAAAGAAGUUGUUAGGUCAUGUGGAAUGGUAGGUAGUUAAACAUGUUUCUUUGUUUUUUCCUCAAUUGUAGAUUCUUGAUCUGUUAGUUUGGCCUCAUAUAAAAAAAUAAUAAUAUAGUUGUACUGUAAAAUAUAAAUACAUGUAAUAUUAUACCGUAU